UCCUUGCAACAUGUAAUCACGGACUUAGAAACCAGUUUGGGACUAUCGAUCUACUGCUUUUCUGGAGACAGGCAGGCGAGACCAGCAGUAACAAGAGAAGUGCACUUCACAGGGGUCUGUCUAACCAGGCUUUCCCGAAGCACCUGCGCCCUCCACCAGCAGCGUCGUUAAUCCCGCGAGACGACGGGUCCGCGGAAGGCACAAAAUUCCCCCUUUGCUAGAGCCCAGGUUUUUGCCGUCAAGUUAAAUUCCGGGGUGCGGAAGUAGCUUUGUCGUGCCGCCUCUAAUCGCUCAGAAAUCAACCCCACUUCUACACGGAAAGCUAGGCCUCCGACCGCUAUGGAAGAGCAGCAAGGGCAAGAAAACCUCGCGACCCUAGCGCUUGCCCAAGCUCAUUUCCAGAAGGGCGAGUACGCAGAGGCCGAAACGCUGUACUCCGCUUACGUUCAGCAGUACGCCUGUGCAGCCUCCGAGGGAGAGGCGCCCGGGAGCAAAUGCAGCCCUGAGGAUUUGGCUACUGCAUAUAACAACAGGGGGCAAAUCAAGUACUUCAGGGUGGAUUUUUAUGAAGCCAUGGAUGACUACACAUCUGCCAUAGAAGUCCAACCCAAUUUUGAAGUUCCAUAUUACAACAGAGGGUUGAUAUUAUACAGGCUGGGAUACUUUGAUGAUGCCUUGGAAGAUUUCAAGAAAGUAUUAGACUUAAAUCCUGGAUUUCAAGAUGCUAUUUUGAGCUUAAAACAGACUAUUCUAGACAAAAAAGAAAAGCAAAGAAGAAAUUAUUGAAAAUUUAAACUUAAUUGAAAUAUUAACUCUUGAUCCACCUGGCAUCACAUUGUCUCUAAUUUAAAGCUGGUGUUAAGCUAUUUUGAUUUAUAUUUAAGAUAAAGAGAUUCAUGCAUCAGCACUGAAAGUUAAAUGAUGUACUUAAGGUAGUUAAUUUCAGAUUAACUAUGUUGAGUAGGUAUGCUUUUAUGAAGUGUAAAUAAGUAAAAAGAAUGUAUAAUUGUAUGGGCUUCCCUGGUGGCGCAGUGGUUGAGAGUCCGCCUGCCGAUGCAGGGGGCGCGGGUGCGUGCCCCGGUCCGGGAGGAUCCCACGUGCCGCGGAGCGGCUGGGCCCGUGAGCCACGGCCGCUGAGCUUGCGCGUCCGGAGCCUGUGCUCCGCAACGGGAGAGGCCACAACAGUGAGAGGCCCGAGUACCACAAAAAAAAAAAAAAAAAAAAAAAAAAAUGUAUAAUUGUAUAUUAUUACAGUAAAAUAUUUACAGAAAUGUGUGGUAUUUUCUUCAGUAAAACUAUUUAUUUUGCUAUUUUUUAUUCCCAACUUUUUAUUAAAAAAAUCUUACCUCUACAGAAAAUUGGAAGUAUAGUACAAUAAACACUUAUAAACUUUUCACUGAGAUUCACCAGUUGUUAACAUUGUGUCACAUUUGCUUUUUCUCUAUACUUAAAUAUAUAAUUGUGCUGAGCCACUUGACACUUAAGUUGUGCAGAUAUCACAAUACUUUACUCCUAACUAUUUCAGCCUGCAUUUUCUAAUAGAGACAGCCUUCUUUAUAGCCACAAUACUGUUAUAAUACCUAAUAAAGCUAAUAAUUCUAUAACAUCAUCCAUACCCAGCCCAUAUUCGAAUUCCCCAAUUGUUUCCAAAAUGUCUUGUGUAGAUUUUUAUUUCUGGAUCUGGAGUCAAUCAAGUUACAUUGCAUUUUGUUGUUAAGUCUCUUUGUGUUCUUUUAAUCUACAAGCGUCCCCUGCCCAUUUUCUCCCCAUGGCAUUCACUUUGAGAGCAAAGCUAUUUUAUAUAGCUAGGCUAGAGAGACAUAACAUUUGGGCUUAAAAAUAAACACAUGUCUUGCGUGAGAGCAAUUUGAAAGAAUUCAACUUACACUUGAUUUUCUCUAGUAAAUCAUUGAUGAGGUAGUUAAGAUUUAAAUAUGGAGCAUUGUCUUUUGUCCCUGGAUAAUGACACUAAUAAUCGCCAUCACCAACAUUUACUAAAUACUCGCUAUAAGCCAAGAACCGUUCACACUCUAUAUAAUAAAUUGCGAGUGGAAUGGGGGUGAUUAGAGAGGUGAGAAACUGACAAAAAGCACUUAGUAAACAGAAGGCUUUUAAAAAAGCUAUUUCAUUUGGGUGCUGCAACGCACGAUUAGGCUAUGAUGAAGCUUUCAAGAGCUGGGAAGGAUUUGAAGGGAAAACGAGCCAGAGUCACCAUGUCUCACCUACAUUUGUGCGUGUGUGUGUGUGUUUUUAUUGUUGAGGUUUGGCUUUCAAAGAUUCAGAGCCUGCAUCUGGGGAUCUCCCAAACUAGUUUAUUAUUGCUGUGGAAAAAACUGUUCUGGGUGGAAAUUGCCCUAAUCAGGAGAAAAGAGUAUGUUUGCCCAGUGUCUCCAGAGGAGGGCUCAGCGGUAACUACUGUGGCCUUCUCAGAUGCAGUCACCGUCAUCACCCUUAAAAGGGUGUUGUGUUGUUGUGUUUUGUUUUGUUGGAGUUUAAGUGAUCUCAUAAAGCAGAGGACGUAAUUGCCUCGUUUGUAGUUCAUAAAUAAUAUCUGGCAAAAUACAUGAAGAAUUUGGGCUGCAGGUGAAUGAAUAUUAAAAGGAAAUGAAGUUUGAAAGGGAACUAAAAUCUCUAUUUCUGGAAUGAUGCACAUUUUCCAAUAUGACUUACCUUUCUAUUUGUUGGAAAUGUCUUUAAAAGAAUUUAUAAAGUUGCAUUAAAAUGUAGAAAAAUUCCUCUUAAGAAACCUUAUUUUAAAAACUUAUUUUACAACUUAUUAAAAAAAUAAAAUAAAAAGCAAAGUCCGUAGACUUUGGGAAGGUUUAAAGCCAGUCUAUCCAGAAAAUCAAAUACUUUAAAAAUGCUUCAAUAACUUUAUUUUCUCUCGGCUUAUAUUCUCUUUUCUUUACUCUUGACUGGGAUCAGAUGUAAUAUGAAAAAAAGCUUAUUAAAAAUUUAAUUUGGUUUGUAGGGUUUUAUUAGUCAACAUUUCUUCAUCCUUUAUCAGAAAAAAGUCACUGAAGUUCAGAAUCAGCACUUGCUGAUUUGGAACCCAGACACUUACUUACUUUUCUCAAGUUACUGGAAAUAAGUAAAGAAUGAUAUAUUUUCCUCAUGUAUUUUCUUCAAAACUUUCGACAUUACACAUUCAGAUUCUAAAUUUCUGAUUGACUAAUACCUUUGCUAUCUGCCUUAAAAAUUUUUCUUUUUAAGAUUUUUUUGAGGUGGACCAUUUUUAAAGUCUUUAUUGAAUUUGUUACAAUAUUGCUUCUGCUUUAUGUUUUGGUUUUUUGGCGGCGAGGCAUGUGGGAUCUGAGCUCCCCGGGCAGGGAUCAAACCCGCACCCCCUGCAUUGGAAGGCGAAGUCUUAACCACUGGACCACCAGGGAAGUCCCGCUAUGUACCUUUUAAAAAAGACGUUAUUUUAUGUUUGCUGUUGUUUAUAUUACCCACAUUUCAGUAUUUGUUGAGCUCUUUUUCUACUAGAAAAGUGCCCAAACUAUAUUGUUUUCCAGUUUUUUUCUCUCUACAAACAAGGCAGAAAAUUGUGGUUUGUUUUAAGGUUUGUCCUUUACAAAGUAAGGUAAGAGAGAAUAAAUGGAUGUAAAUUACUUUUGAGUUUAGAAAAUAACUUUUAACUCUUAAGCACGGAGCUUUUUUUUUGUCUGAAAUCUGGAACUGAAUGAAGCGUGUGGACUUCCUUUAUGAUAACAAACCACAGCCCAGCUGUUGCACGAGCAAAUGAAAUUUCCAAGUCAGCUUUUAGUCAUUAUCUGUUUGCCCUUUUCUAGAUUUUUUCUGGUUUUUCUGCCUUUCACUGGCCUCUCUACCCCUUCCCCCCCCCAACACUAUACAUAGCCUUAGCCUUCCGCUGUUUUGCAGGUCUUCGUCUUUCUCAAUGGGCAGAAUAUAUUUCAGCCCUGCCACUCAGCACAGAUCAAUUCAGCAUACACCAACACAUCUCAAUAUCUCCAUCUCUGCCAAGUCUAAUGCCCCUUAAACAUCUAACUCUAAGCUUCAAAUAAUUAAACCCCUAUCUUGCUUAACAACUUUAAUUUAUCCUUGAAAGUGCUUCUGCUAAGUGAAAAGCCAUAAAAUGGAAACAUUUUACAUUCAUUUUAAUUGGAAAAAUUACAAAUUCCAUCUUAGCCCAAGAUACCCAAAUACUUUUUGCAGAUGGAAAAAUAUAUCACGAAAUAAUGCCAUUUGCAGAAACAUGGAUGGACCUAGAGAUUGUCACACUGAGUGAAGUAAGUCAGAGAAGGACAAAUAUAUGAAAUCGCUUAUAUGUGGAGUCUAAAAAAAGGGUACAAAUGAACUUAUUUACAAAACAGAAAUA